AUGCCUCUGGAGAAGCAACUCGGCGCGGCCCUGAAGUGCCUGAGUACCGGUACACCUUAUUUUCAGAAGGCUGUGUCCUUAGACUCUGAACGUGAGAUCAUGAGCAGCCAGCUCACAGAUAGCCUUGGCUCAAAGGCAGCCGGGAAAGUGCUAGCCGAAAUUGAUAGGGCGUCCAAAACAUCUGAGCCUAAGAAGCCUUUUAGCAUCUCAAAAGGACCUUUUGGGGUGUUCAAAUGUCUUAAACGAAGAGAAGUCUCUCUAAGUCAGCUAUCACUGUCGCCUAUUACCUCAGAGCAUGAUAAUAGCCUACUUGUCGAUCCUGAAGAUGAAAGUUUUCAAACGGGAACUGACCCACGAGAAGAUUUCGGCAUUGACUGGUCUGAGAACGAACUCGAAGGAUCUAUGCAGUCAUCACUAGACUGCUUAGAUCUCUUGGACAGAGAUAUCAUUGCACCUGUCACCAAUGCUAUUGAGACAGACAACCAUUUGGCCACCUCCCAUGCUAAUGUCGCCACUAUCAUGACUAUACCGCCUACAUCAUUAUGCCUCGGAGCUUCUAUUUCACGAACAGAGGUACCUGAACAGGCACAAACGCUGCUUCGCUACUACAAGAGCCACGUGGGCUCUACCAAAAUUUCUGGACAAGGAAAAUUCAAAUCAACUUGGCAACUGUUAUUCCUUCCUUGUGCCUUCGAGACGUUUGCGGAGUUGGUAAUUGCAGAGGCUACUUACCCCUUCUUGGAUUCUGAAAGCGAGUCUGAUCGCACAAGCUUGCUUGGAGUUGAAGCAAUUGCACACGGUAGUUUCCAUAUUCGAGAGGAGUCCCUUAACACAGGUCUAGAUCCCAACGAGGAAAAGAAUGAGACAGUCGGGUAUGCAGACAUACACCUUGAGUCACAAGGUCUUUGGCGCGAGACAUUACAUUCGAACAUACACGGCAUCCCUGAGUCUCUCAUGACACUGCUGGCUCAGACGAUUCAACUCAGCAAUGAGAAAGAUCACCUCGAAACUCGCGCACGCAGCAAUCCGAAGCUUGCUAUUGACCUCAAAACGCACGUCAAGACUCUGGAGGGAAGAAUAUGGACCUGGUCAAUUGAAUCCGAAAUAGCAAUACUAUCUGCGGCCGGCAAAUCGCAGCCCAUCGAUAACGGGACGAACUUAAUCACUCAACCUUCUACACAGUCAAUGGUACAAGCGAUGCAUCGAGCGUUGAUCAUCUACUUCUAUCGCCAGAUACGCGAUGUUAGCGCCAUGCUCCUCCAAACCGUCAUCGAUCAAGCUUUGGGGUACUUGAGUCUUGUCUUGAUUCAAUGGUCAGAGGCGACGACUUUGCACUUGGUAUUGCGUGGACAGUCUAUGUUUGCGCCAGGGAAUCCAUAUCUCCAGAACUUCAGGAGAGAGCACUGA